CUCCUGCCCGUUUUCAGAGCUAGUUGGGGAGAUAAAGUAGUCCCUCCUGGUGGUUCGGACCGGAUGCGCAGGUCUCUGCGGUUGCGGGCGGUUUGCGGUGUUUUUGUUGCGGCAGUGCGCAGUCCGUGUGCGGCAGAACAACAAUAGAAAGCGGAGGAGGAGGAGCACCAGCGGCUUCUGGCAGCGGAGCGACACCGACGAUCCUGUGGGACGAUAUGAGUCUUUGGAUCGGACUCUUAAGCGAACAGAAGCGUGUGAUGGAAGCUGGAAGGAUCCGAGUCUGAUACGAACCGAACCGAACCGGAGUGGAGCGUUUUUGUUGAGAGGAAGCGGCCGCAGCCAUGAUGGGAAUGCUGGGAAUCCUCCGCUGAGGAUCCGCGGCGGCUGGGCCCAGGAUCGGGGGAAAGAUGGGAAUGUGUCUUCGGAUCCUGCUGCUGUUGGGUUCCUGCUGGCUCGUCUCAGGCGAGCCGCUGCUGCUGUACGCCAACCGGCGGGACCUUCGCCUGGUGGACGCGGCGCGUGACAAGGCCAACGCCACGGUGGUGGUGGGCGGCCUGGAGGACGCCGCCGCCGUGGAUUACGUCUACGCCCAGGGCCUCAUCUACUGGAGCGACGUCAGCGAGGAGGCCAUCAAACGGACCUCCUUCAACCGGACCGGCGCUGGCGCCGCCCAGACCGUGGUGCCGGGCCUGGCCGCGCCGGACGGCCUGGCCUGCGACUGGCUGGGCCUCAAGCUGUACUGGACCGACUCGGACACCAACCGGAUCGAGGUGGCCGAGCUGGACGGGUCGCUGAGGAAGGUUCUGUUCUGGCAGGAGCUGGACCAGCCCAGAGCCAUCGCCCUGGACCCGGAGCGAGGGUUCAUGUACUGGACGGACUGGGGCGAGGUCCCAAAGAUCGAGCGGGCCGGGAUGGACGGGACCAACCGGUCCCUGCUGGUGGACCAGGACAUCCACUGGCCCAACGGGCUGACGGUCGACUACGGCCAGCAGAAGCUCUACUGGGCCGACGCCAAGCACAACUUCAUCCACCGCUGCAACCUGGACGGCUCCUCCAGAGAAGUGGUGGUUAAAGGGGAGCUGCCUCACCCCUUCGCCCUCACCCUGUACGAGGACACUCUGUUCUGGACUGACUGGAACACACACUCCAUCCACUCCUGCAGGAAGCAGACGGGUCGGGACCAGCGCAUCGUCCACUCCCACAUCUUCUCCCCGAUGGACCUGCACGUCUUCAGCCCCAAGAGGCAACCCGUCUCGCGGAGCAGCCCCUGCUCCCAUGGCAACGCGGGAUGCUCCCACCUCUGCCUGCUGUCCCCCAGCCGGCCCUUCUACCGCUGCGCCUGUCCCACCGGAGUCCAGCUGCUGGAGGACGGACAGACCUGCAGAGACGGUGCGACCCAGAUGCUGCUGCUGGCCCGGCGGACCGACCUGCGUCAGAUCUCCCUGGACACGCCCGACUUCACUGACGUCAUCCUGCAGGUGGACGACAUCCGGCACGCCAUCGCCAUCGACUACGACCCGGUGGACGGAUACGUCUACUGGACGGACGACGACGUGAAGGCCAUCCGCCGCGCGCGCCUGGACGGCGGCGACGCCCAGUUCGUGGUCACCUCACAGGUCAGCCACCCGGACGGCAUCGCCGUGGACUGGAUCGCCCGGAACCUGUACUGGACCGACACGGGGACGGACCGCAUAGAGGUGACCCGUCUGGACGGAACCAUGAGGAAGAUCCUGAUCUCCGAGGACCUGGACGAGCCCAGAGCCAUCGUCCUGGACCCGGUGGCUGGGUACAUGUACUGGACGGACUGGGGCGAGGUUCCGAAGAUCGAGCGGGCCGACCUGGACGGGCUGGAGCGGCUGGUGAUGGUGAACACGUCGCUGGGCUGGCCCAACGGCCUGGCGCUCGACUACGAGCAGCGGCAGAUCUACUGGGGAGACGCCAAGACGGACAAGAUUGAGGUGAUGAACAUGAACGGGACGGGCCGACGGGUGCUGGUGGAGGACAAACUUCCCCACAUCUUCGGCUUCAGCCUGCUGGGCGACUUCGUCUACUGGACGGACUGGCAGCGCCGCAGCAUCGAGCGCGUCCACAAACGCACCGCCGAGCGCGAGUUCAUCAUCGACCAGUUGCCCGACCUCAUGGGCCUGAAGGCCACGCACCUGCACCGCGCCGCCGGGACCAACCCGUGCGCUGACAGUAAUGGCGGCUGCAGCCACCUGUGCCUGCACACGCCUCAGGGCGUGCGGUGCGGCUGCCCGAACGGCCUGGAGCUGCUGGGCGACCUGCAGAGCUGCAUCGUCCCGGAGGCCUUCCUGCUCUUCUCGCGCCACACCGACAUCCGCCGCAUCUCCCUGGAGACCAACAGCAACACCAUGGCCAUCCCGCUCACCGGCGUCAAGGAGGCCUCCGCCCUCGACUUCGACAUCACCGACAACCGCAUCUACUGGACCGACAUCACGCUCAAGACCAUCAGCCGGGCCUUCAUGAACGGCAGCGCGCUGGAGCACGUGGUCCAAUUCGGCCUGGAUUACCCAGAAGGCAUGGCGGUGGACUGGCUGGGCAAGAACCUGUACUGGGCCGACACUGGAACCAACCGCAUCGAGGUGGCCAAGCUGGACGGGCAGCACCGCCAGGUUCUGGUCUGGAAGGACCUGGACAGCCCGCGGGCCCUGGCGCUGGACCCGGUCGAGGGGUACAUGUACUGGACCGAGUGGGGCGGGAAGCCCAAGAUCGACCGGGCCACCAUGGACGGAACUGGCCGCAUCACGCUGGUGUCGAACGUGGGCCGGGCCAACGGACUCACCAUCGACUACGCCGAGCGGCGCCUGUACUGGGCCGACCUGGACACCACGCUCAUCGAGUCCUCCAACAUGCUGGGCAAGGAGCGAGAGGUGAUUGCCGACGACCUGCCUCACCCGUUCGGCCUCACCCAGUACCAGGACUACAUCUACUGGACGGACUGGAGCCACCGCAGCAUUGAGCGGGCCAACAAGACAAGCGGCCAGAACCGGACCCUGAUCCAGGGACACCUGGACUACGUGAUGGACAUCCUGGUGUUCCACUCGUCCCGGCAGGCCGGCUGGAACGCCUGUGCCUCCACCAACGGCCACUGCUCCCACCUGUGCCUUGCCGUGCCCAGCAGCUUUGUCUGCGGAUGCCCCGCCCACUUCUCGCUCAACCUCGACAACAAGACGUGCAGCGCUCCCACGGCGUUCCUGCUCUUCAGCCAGAAGGCGGCCAUCAACCGCAUGGUGAUCGACGAGCAGCAGAGCCCCGACAUCGUCCUGCCCAUUCAGAACCUGAAGAACGUUCGGGCCAUUGACUACGACCCGCUGGACAAGCAGCUGUACUGGAUCGACUCCAAGCAGAACGUUAUUCGCCGCGCCCAGGAGGACGGCAACCAGACUGUGACGGUGGUGUCCAGCUCCCUUCUCGGACCCUUUGAUCUCAGCAUCGACAUCUUCAGCCGAUUCAUCUACUGGACCAGCGAGGUGACCAACGUCAUCAAUGUGACCCGGACGGAUGGCAGCCGGGUCGGCGUGGUUCUGCGGGGCGAGCACGACAAGCCGCGGGCCAUCGUGGUGAACCCAGAGAGAGGGUACAUGUACUUCACCAACCUGCAAGACCGCUCACCCAAGAUUGAGCGGGCGGCGCUGGAUGGGACGGAGCGUGAGGUUCUGUUCUUCAGCAACCUGGGAAAACCCGUGGCGCUGGCUGUGGACAACGAGGCGGGGAAACUGUUCUGGGUCGACUCAGAUCUGCGCCGCAUUGAGAGCAGCGACUUGUCAGGAGCCAAUCGGAUUGUGAUCGCGGACUCAAACAUCCUGCAGCCGGUGGGCCUGACGGUGUUCGGGAACCACCUGUACUGGAUCGACAAGCAGCAGCAGAUGAUCGAACGCAUCGACAAGACGACGAGGGAGGACCGCACCAAGGUGCAGGCGCGGGUCGCCUCCCUGAGCGACAUCCACGCCGUGCACGAGAUCGACAUGAACGAGUACCGAAACCAUCCUUGCACCCGGGACAACGGCGGCUGCUCCCACAUCUGCAUCGUGAAGGGCGACGGAACCACGCGCUGCUCCUGCCCCGUCCACCUGGUGCUGCUGUCCGACGAGCUCACCUGUGGAGAACCGCCCACCUGCUCACCCGAUCAGUUCGCCUGCGUCUCUGGAGAGGUGGACUGCAUCCCCAACACCUGGAGGUGCGACGGCUUCCCUGAGUGCGACGACCACAGCGACGAGAAGGAAUGUCCCGUCUGCUCCGAGUCCGAGUUCCAGUGCGACAGCCGGCAGUGCGUGGGGCAGAGCGAGCGCUGCAACGGGGAGGUCAACUGCCAGGACGGGUCCGACGAGAACAAGUGUGAAGAUGAUCCAGUCCGGUGUCUGGCGGACCAGUUCUCCUGCGCCAACGGCCAGUGCAUCGGGAUCCACCAGAAGUGCGACCACAACACGGACUGCAGCGACAACUCAGACGAGAUGGACUGCUACCCGCCGGAGCUGCCGGCGCCGACCAACAGCACCAUCAGCUCCAUCGUUGCCGUGGUGAUGGCGCUGUUCGUGGUGGGCGCCAUCUACUUCGUGUGCCAGCGCGUCCUCUGCCCCCACAUGAAGGACGACGGCGAGACGGUCGCCAACGACUUCGUGGUCCAUGGCCAGGCCUCGGUGCCGCUCGGAUACGUGCCGCACCCCGGGUCGCUGUCCAGCUCGCUGCCGGGUAUGUCCAGAGGGAAGUCUGUGAUUGGCUCCCUGAGCAUCAUGGGCGGCAGCAGCGGCCCUCCGUACGACCGCGCCCACGUCACCGGAGCGUCAUCCAGCAGCUCCUCCAGCACCAAGGGCACCUACUUCCCCCCGAUCCUGAACCCGCCGCCGUCGCCCGCCACCGUCCGCUCCCAGUACACCCUGGAGUUCGGCUACUCCUCCAACAGCCCCUCCACCCACCGCUCCUACAGCUACCGGCCCUACACCUACCGCCACUUUGCCCCGCCCACCACGCCCUGUAGCACCGACGUCUGCGACAGCGACUACACACCGGGCCGCCGGCCGCUCAAGUCCGCCGCCGCCAAGGGCUACACCAGUGACCUCAACUAUGACUCGGAGCCGUUCCCGCCGCCGCCCACACCGCGCAGCCAGUACCUGUCGGCGGAGGAGAACUGCGAAAGCUGCCCGCCGUCGCCGUACACAGAGCGCAGCUACUCCCACCACCUGUACCCACCGCCGCCGUCCCCGUGCACGGACUCCUCGUGAGCCAAGCCCCGCCCCCUCCCUGUAUAUAACAAUUGUUGAUAUCUGAGGCGAAAAGAGAAAACGGGAAGAGACUGCGGCGGCGGCGCUAAAAGGGAAGUGGAGGACGGCGACCUGCAAAACAUUUGUACAGAACAGAGAAAUCAUAUUUAUAUAUUUUCUAUACUGAUGAUGAUGAUGAUGAUGAUGCCAUAGAGUUUGUAAUUUGUACAUUUUUAAUAGAAACUUUUAUUAAACUCGCCACAGAGAAAA